GUCACGUGAUCGCGGGUCCCCGCUGAGCUCCGGCAGCUGCCGGCUUCCGCGUCUCGGCGCGCGGCGGGGUUUCGGCUCCGCGGGUCCCGGGCCAGCGAUGGAGGAGGAAGAGGAGGAAGCGCGGGCGCUGCUGGGGGGCCGCCCCGGCGAGGAGGACCGCGGAGCCCCCGCCGCCCCCGCGGCGCUGCCGGCCCUCUGCGACCCCCGCCGCCUGCCGCACCGGCUGCUGGUGCUGCUGCUGAUGUGCCUGCUGGGCUUCGGCAGCUACUUUUGCUAUGAUAUUCCUGCUGCCCUUCAAACUCAGGUUAAGCGGGACAUGCAGGUGAACACCACCAAGUUCAUGCUGCUGUACGCCUGGUAUUCCUGGCCCAACGUGGUUUUGUGUUUCUUGGGUGGCUUUUUGAUAGACCGAGUAUUUGGAAUACGAUGGGGCACAAUUAUCUUCAGCUGCUUUGUUUGCGUUGGACAGGUUAUUUUUGCUCUGGGAGGAAUAUUUAAUGCUUUUUGGCUGAUGGAAUUUGGGAGGUUUGUGUUUGGGAUUGGUGGCGAGUCCUUGGCUGUUGCCCAGAACACAUACGCCGUGAGCUGGUUCAAAGGCAAAGAAUUAAACCUGGUGUUCGGACUCCAGCUGAGCAUGGCUAGAAUUGGAAGCACGGUGAACAUGAACCUCAUGGGCUGGCUGUACUCCAAGGCUGAGGCGCUGCUGGGUUCCGCUGGCCACACCACCCUUGGGGUGACACUGAUGAUCGGCUGUGUCACGUGUGUUCUGUCACUAAUCUGUGCCGCGCUCCUUGCGUACCUGGAUCGCAGAGCGGAGAGAAUCCUUCAUAAAGAGCAAGGGAAGACAGGUGAAGUUAUUAAAUUAAGUGACAUAAAGGACUUCUCCUUACCCUUGUGGCUGAUUUUUAUCAUCUGUGUCUGCUACUAUGUUGCUGUGUUCCCAUUUAUUGGACUUGGAACAGUUUUCUUCACAGAGAAAUUCGGAUUUUCUCCCCAGGCAGCGAGUGCGGUCAACAGCAUUGUGUAUGUCAUCUCCGCUCCCCUGUCCCCGGUGUUCGGACUCCUGGUGGACAAGACCGGGAAGAACAUCAUCUGGGUCCUGUGUGCGGUGGCCGCCACGCUCCUGUCCCACAUGAUGCUGGCCUUCACCCUGUGGAACCCUUGGAUCGCCAUGUGCCUCCUGGGCAUCUCCUACUCGCUGCUGGCCUGUGCGCUGUGGCCCAUGGUGGCGUUCGUCGUUCCUGAGCAUCAGCUGGGGACCGCCUACGGCUUCAUGCAGUCCAUCCAGAACCUGGGGCUGGCCAUCAUCUCCAUCGUGGCUGGCACGAUCCUGGAUUCUCGGGGGUAUCUGUUUCUAGAGGUGUUCUUCAUCGCUUGCGUUUCUUUGUCACUUGUAUCUGUGGUCUUACUUUAUCUGGUGAACCGUGCUCGAGGUGGGAACUUAAAUUACUCUGCUAGACAAAGGGAAGAAAUGAAACUUUCUCAUACUGAAUGAGGCGUUUCCUGACCACGCCCUGAGGACGAGUUGCACACCGUGACUUGGAGUCUCCUCAAAUAAUGUGUAGUUUUAAAGGUAGAGGCCAGCCGUUAGGAAAAGGAGUGGGCUGGAAGGUGAUAUUUAUAUUGCAGAUGUGCCUCUGUCACAGUGGGUUCGUGAGGGCUGUCGUAGCCUUGGUGCUCUGAGUUCUAAGAAUUCUUCUUCAGGCUGAUCAUCGGUGAUCAGUUUUAGUACACGAAUGGACUUGAAGAUUACUGCCAGUAAUAGCAAACAUGGGAUCUUGGGAUAAUUUCCAUUACCUCAUGGGGAUGUGUCCCUUGUCUUGCAGCAGAAACAAAGCAAAGAGAACACAAAUCAUAUAGACAGAACAACCCCAGUCUUUAUUGGUUGUCGAAGGGCUGUUCAUACAGAAUAAAUGAUGGUAUGGUAAUGGCGUUUUCCUUGUCAUAGAGAAGAUGAGGGGCCGGAGGUGGGGGUCAGCGGUAGAGCCCCUACCCUAAUGAGCAUGUGGCUGGAGUUCAGGCCCCAGUCCUGUCAAAAAUAAGGCUAUGCCAGGCUCUGGAAAUCCUAACUACUCAGGAAGC